GUGCUUCACGCUGAGCCGCAGCAAAAAGCUUGGUUCGUGCUCGUGGGAAGCCGUGAAGCCAAGGGUAUAUCCUGUAUCCAUGUCCUGACAAGCUGAACUCUGACGAGCACUGCUGUAAAAUUAGUAUUCAAGCUUUUGAGACAGUCGUCAAACCCAAUACGGAAGCAUGAUGCUGGUAGAGGUGGAGGAAUUAAUGAAAGAGCGAGAAAGAUCAGAGAGUAUAUAAACAGUGAGUUCAUCGACAUCGAUCGUGUCAGAAUAAGACAGAAGCAACAGUUCCAUCACAGCAACAGAACAACCCCAAAAGCCCUUCACUCCAUCUUUAUCAGCAAUCGCCAACAUGCAGUUCACCAGCAUCGCUUUCUCCGUUCUCUGCAGCGCCCUCCUCGUGUCUGCCAGCGAAGUCAACCCAGACGAUAUCCCUCAGGAGUGCACAUGGGUGCAAGAGUGCCAGAGCGUGACACAGAAGGCUGCUUCUUGCGGUGGCACCGCCCAGUGGGGUGAUGUCUUCUCCCAGCCAGACUGGAUUAGCUGUGCUUGCAACCAGAUUGGCGUCCAGGAAAUUCAGACAUGUGUUGACUGCGCUGGCUGGUACAACCCAGGUGGAGACAUUGUGAAGCUCGACCAGGCUUGCAAGGACCGCAAGUACUAGAUAGAAUAUUGAGCGGGCUAGGAGUGGGUGAGAUAGCUGGAACUUUAUCCAUGGGGCGUGGCCGGGGCAGCAAGUAAUCCGAAGUUGAGCGCGUCAGAGCAAAACGUGGUCGUGUCGGGGAGGCAGUUUCCAUGAAAAAUUUCCAUAGAACAGCUUCUACUCCCAAUUGAAAUAUCUCUUGGACAGACUUCAUAUCAUCCGAUCUGUAUCG